UAUCUUGAGAUGCAAAUAUGAUUUUCAUCGCAUCCAGCUCACGUAUUCGCUCCCUGCUCGCCAUGGUAGUGUGUCUGACAGUCGGUCUGUCCCUGGUGGCCAGCACACCGAUCGCCUUCACACCCGAGGAGCUGGAGGUUAAGCAUCGCUGCAGCAAAGAUCUAGAUGAGACCAUACACUAUAUAUGUAAGGGGCGCACCGUAUCGCUGGCCGAGCUCUAUCCCCAAAGCUUUGGCAGUCGGAGCAAGCGUUUCGCCGCCGACGGCACCUACUAUAGACCCAUGCAGAACGGACCCAUCCACGUAUGCUGUUUGCGACCCUGCGGCUAUCCCGAGAUACGUCAAUAUUGUGCGCCCGACUAAGGCACGAGAUAUGUGCACUCAUAUAUAU